AUGGCAGUUAGGUUAAGGAAUAAUAAUAGGAAUGACUACAAAUUACUCCGAUUACGAGAUGCUAAUUCUUGUAUCAAUCAGAGAGUUAACAUUAUCGCCAUUGUUUUUGAGUUUGGUCUCCCCAAAACAACUAGAGGCACUGAUCAGUGUUGUACUCUAAGAUUGAUCGAUGAAACACAUCACCAAACUGGUAUGGCUGUUAACAUCUUUACUGAAAAUGCUGAAAGCCUUCCCCAUGUUGCUGCUUCCGGAGAUAUAAUUCAGCUUUGUAAUGUUACGUUAAGGACGCAUAUUAAGGAAGUAAAUGCUGUUUUCUACAAAAACUCUUCCUCUUUUGCCUUGUACAGAGGAAAUGGUGAUGAUGAUGAUUUUGUCCCUUAUCAAGUUUAUUCAAAAGUUUUCCUCAGAGACGAGGACAAAAUGCACAUAAACAUGCUUCGAAAAUGGUUGGUCAAUUUUCAGAUUCCUGCAGAGUCAAGUGAUUUUCCUAUGUUCAGAGAAAUCAAAGAAGGUCACUUUAAUUUGGCCGGCAAGAUACUUCAUUGCUGGGAGGCUUUGAAAGAUAAUUGGUUUGUCUAUGUUUGGGACGGUACAGAUGCCCCGCCAAAUGCCAUAACUUCAAUGCUGGAAGAUGAAAUUAAUCAUCCACUUCCAUUACAAUUGGAAUCUUUGCCUUUGCCAAGAGAUGUACUGUGUACUCUGCCUACUGUUGGCUCCAUCUUGAGGAUUGCUUUUGAACUACCCAUAGAGAAAAAUCAUCUCAAUGUUCUUAAAAGUGGUAAAUGGGCCCAGUUUAUCAACAUACGUCUCAAAGUGUAUGCAGGGCUGUGGUAUGGUGUGUUUACCUCACAUUCAAAGCUUCGACAUACACCAAGUGAAGAUCGUCUCAUUACAGAACGUCAAAGGUUGUAUGAUGACCGCAUAUUGUUGAAAUCAGGAAACAUGCCUAUUGGUAGCAUGCCUCAGUCCAUUGACAGCUUACCCGAGUCUUUACGUAUUACAAAGGUUAAUCACAAUCGUGUGCGGCAUCUUACUUUAAUGGAUGUACUCACUCAUUCAGAGGUGACAGCUAAGUUUAAGUGUGUUGUUCGAGUGGUAGCAGCAGCACCGUACCAAGCUGAAAAGUUCUGCACGCCUGCUGGGAAGUAUAUGAUGAGAUUGACCCUAGAGGAUCCAACAGCUAGAAUCCAUGCUUUUGUAGUUGAUGAAGAUGGGGAGACUCUUUUUGAUGGUUAUCCCGGCACUGCAAAUGUGAAAAGGAAGUUGAACAGAUUACUUGGAGUAACUGAAUGUGAUGAUAGUGUUGUGGUAAAUGAUAGGCCAAGAAAUCCACCAUGGGUGAGUGUCUGCAUUAAAUCAUACUAUGUCUCAAAAACUGAUGUAUGGGGAAGUAGAAACUUUAGAAUAUUUGACACCACGAUAGUGGAUGGCCCUUGA